AGAUCUGAAAUUGAUCAUUUGACGAGUUUACUACAUUCAAGAACUGUUGAUUUUCCUGGUGGAAAUGAAGAAAUUGUGUCUAAUGGGAAAACAGUUGUACAAUAUGGCAAGAAAGAAAAGUUUCCAGAGACCCCAGUUAGAGAAAAUGGUACUGAGAACCAUCUUAUUUCCACACCUAUUGUCAACUCAACUGUCCUUGACUGCUGAGCUUGCAAAAGCUUACAUGGGCAGUAGGCCUCAAUAUGUAUCUGUGUCUAUGCUUAGAUUACACAAGCAAGUGCCUAAAGCAGAUUCAGCUUUGCUUAACAAUAAAAGUUUCCCUUCUAAGUCACCCAUAAGGUCUUUUGUGCCAAGAUCAGGCCAUGUUGGGAGUCCUGGAAAUGGUUUUGCGACCCCAAGAUCAUGGGGCAGGUCUGCAAUAUAUAGCAUGGCACGAACACCUUAUUCCAGGUUAACUCAGCACUUGUCCUCAAGGGUGCUGGCACUUCAAGUGGUGCUUCUGGUGGACCAUUAUCAUCGUCUCAAAGUGUAUGGAAGCAAAAUAGAAUAUCUGGCAGUUUCGUGUUUGGGUCAUGAGCAUCUGUAGCUAAACCUUUUGGUUCAGAGGCCACUUUUGGAAUGAAUUCUUCCUCUUCAGAAACAAAUUCUUUGAGUUCUGGCAGUGGCAUUGCUUCUGGCACAUUUGGUUUCAGUUGGCAAGCCCCUAAGUCGCCCAUAUUUGGUUCAUCAUCAUCGGGAUUUUCCUUUGGAUCAUUGGCUUCUGUUACUGCCCCCAGCAGUGCACCUAGCCUCUUUGGGUCAUCCACUGGUGCCUCCUCAAACUCCUCAUUUUCUUUCACUUCAGCUGCAGUUGCUACUCCAUCACAGCCUGUGUUUGGUAACUCCAGUCCAGGCGUGGUGUUUGGGUCAGCCCCAGCUGUAUGUGCUACCCCAUUGCAGUCUGUGUUUGGUAUCUCCAGUCCCAGCUUGGUGUUUGGAUCAACCCCAUCCAGGAGUAAUGAUCAAAUGGAGGAUACGAUGGCAGAGAACACUGUUCAGGCUUCACCGGCUGUUUCGACAUUUGGUCAACCGCCAUCUGGGUCUCCUUUCAGUGCAUCAAACCCAGGAGGAUCGACGUUUCAAUUUGGAGCCCAACCAACCACACCUCAUAAUCCAUCACCAUUUCAGGCUUCUAGCAAUCAGGAGUUAGGUGCCGGAGGGAGCUUCUCAUUGGGGUCUGGUGGUAGUGACAAGUCCGCCAGAAGAUUUGUGAAGGCCCGCAGGCAGCGGAAGAAGUAAAAAGGCACACGAUGAUCGUUGCUAUGAGUUGUAACCAUGUGAACUGCUGGCAGGAUUGUUAAGGCAGUCUAGAACUUCGACUGCUCUGAGUAUGCGUAAGCAUAUACAGUUUUCCAGUGUUUUGUUAGGGUUGUGGCAGAAUCUGUCACCAUUUUAUAUGGUGUUCCGAGUGAGCAGUACAUUUGUACCAAGUUUUAAUUAGGCGAUAUGAGAGCUUUUUC